AUGACUGCCCAGCCUCAACGCAUUGGUAUUGCCAGAGCAUUGCUGGAGCAUGAUGCCGACCAAAAUGCCACUGAUAAUAAUGGCGAUACUCCUUUCAGUUCCACGACGGGAGAUCACGCACUGUUUCGGCUAUCUCUUCAGUAUGGCGCAGAUCUUACCACUGGAAAUGAACCGACGCUAUUCCGCGCUAUACAGAAUCUAGAUGCAGAGCUGGUCCAGGUAAUUCUUGAGGCCGGUGUCGGCUGUAAUGUUCCGUUCAAAAAGCCGCCACCUCAUCCCAAAGUCCCCAAAGUACACAAGAAUAAAAUGCAUGAAAGAGCAGCAGAAGAGAACUACAGUCUUUGGCUUCCCCUAAUUUGGUUUGCGGCGAGAAUGCAUUUUGAAAAACCGGAUGAGCUUCACACACAAACAGGUGGUGAGAAUUGUGGAGGUUCUGUUGGAGCAUAG